UUAUCCUCCUCCGAUUCCCUCCCGAUUCCCCUUCCUGCUAAUAAAACCGAACACAGAAAACAAAAUCAGCCUUAUACUGAACAGAAAAAUAUCAGUCUGGGGACGAAGAAACUGAAGGUAUCCAGGUUCAUAUCCGACCGGAAACAUGUCAUCGCAGAAGCAGAGGUCAAAAUUUCCUCCGAUAUCGGCGUGCGGGGGUUCAAAUUACGAGUCGAUCGCUGCGGAUCUUGAUGGUACUCUACUCAUGUCCAGCAGCUCCUUUCCCUAUUUCAUGCUAGUCGCUAUUGAAGCAGGAAGUCUUCUUCGUGGCCUCGUACUGCUUCUUUCUCUUCCUAUCGUCAUUGUCGCUUAUCUUUUCAUCUCUGAAGCCAUCGGCAUCCAAAUCCUCAUUUUCAUUUCCUUCGCUGGCCUCAAAAUCCGCGAUAUCGAGCUUGCAUCGCGUGCUGUUCUGCCUCGGUUUUACGCUACAGAUGUGAGAAAGGAAAGCUACGAGGUGUUCGACAAGUGCAAGAGGAAGGUGGUGGUGACGGCAAACCCAAUCAUAAUGGUGGAGCCGUUUGUGAAGGAUUUUCUUGGCGGUGACAAGGUUUUAGGGACUGAGAUCGAAGUGAACCCGAAAACCAAGAAGGCCACCGGAUUCGUGAAGAAACCGGGGGUUUUAGUUGGCAAAUUGAAGAGACUCGCCCUCUUGAAGGAAUUCGGAGAGGAAUCUCCCGAUCUUGGCAUCGGGGACCGCACUUCGGAUUACGAUUUCAUGUCUAUUUGCAAGGAGGGGUACAUGGUGCACCGCCGCAAAUCAGCAUCACGAGCACCAUUAGACAGCCUCAAGAGCCGAAUCAUCUUCCAUGACGGUCGUCUGGUUCAGCGUCCGACUCCACUCAACGCCCUCAUCAUCUACAUCUGGCUGCCAUUUGGCUUCAUAUUAUCCAUCAUCCGCGUCUACUUCAACCUCCCUCUCCCGGAGCGUAUUGUACGCUACACUUACGAAAUGCUCGGCAUCCACCUCAUCAUCCGCGGGAACCCACCCCCUCCCCCGUCCCGCGGCUCCCCCGGCAACCUCUAUGUCUGCAAUCACCGCACGGCCCUCGACCCCAUCGUUAUCGCCAUUGCUCUCGGACGCAAAGUCUCCUGUGUCACAUACAGUGUAAGCCGUCUCUCACGCUUCCUAUCUCCAAUCCCAGCCGUCGCCUUGACCCGCGACCGUGCGGCUGACGCAGCCCGCAUAUCGGAACUCCUCCAAAAAGGCGACCUCGUGGUGUGCCCGGAGGGCACCACGUGUCGGGAACCCUUCUUGCUGCGAUUCAGUGCACUGUUCGCCGAGAUGAGCGACAGAAUCGUGCCGGUGGCAGUCAAUUGUAAGCAGAACAUGUUUUACGGGACGACGGUACGUGGUGUAAAAUUUUGGGAUCCGUAUUACUUCUUCAUGAAUCCGAGACCCACUUACGAGGUGACGUUCCUCGACCGCCUACCGGAGGAAAUGACGUGUAAAGCCGGAGGGAAAUCGCCGAUCGAGGUGGCGAAUUACGUGCAGAAGGUGUUGGGUGAUGUGUUAGGGUUUGAACGGACCGUAUUAACCAGGAAGGACAAGUAUAUGUUACUGGGAGGAAAUGAUGGUAAGGUGGAGUCAAUGUACAAUGCCAAGAAAUGAAGAGGGUCAGUUUAUUUUUGCAUCCUCUGAAGCAAAGAGUGCCAUUAGCCACUGUAUUUGAGAUAAGAUAGGUUUGAUGAUUGGCAAAACGUUACUAAUUCAGUACUGUUAAGUCAUUGUUGGGGUAGAAGAAGAAAAUUUAAAGUACGUUGUGAUUGAAUUGUCUUUAUUAUAAGACAUAUAUAUUUCAUAUUUGUUUUCAGGUGUUAUAAACUUGUCUUAGUUGUAA